AUGUCGCAUCUGACGGCUUCGUAUCGCCCUCAUCCACAAUCCACCCGCCCUCUCAUCGUCUCCAAAAUGCUCGUAGGCACCAGCCUACUCGCCCUCGCCGCUCUGGCGCAUGAUGUGCUCGCCCUCCCCAGCGCUGCCCAGUCCCCAUCCGCAAUCAGGAUCAGGAAAUCGACAGCUACGAACACCACUGGGGUGUUCGGACCUGACAGCACGAUAUGGGCCGAGGACACACCGUACUUCCCCGUAGCAGACUACGUCGCACCGCCGUCCAACUGCGAGAUCGACCAGGUCAACAUCCUUGAGCGCCAUGGAGCGCGCUAUCCGAAGAAGAGCCCGACCAAGAAAAUCAAGUCUGCGCUCAAGAAGCUCCAGAAGGUUACAAUCACCGAGACUUCAAUGCAGUUUAUCAGCAAUUUUACGUACGACCUUGGAGAGGAUGACUUGACGCCCUAUGGAGCCUUGCAGUCCUAUGACGCUGGUGUGGAAGCGUAUCAACGAUACACUUCUCUUGUGGAGGCGAAUGGCCUACCAUUCGUACGCGCAUCGAGUAGCCAGCGUGUCGUCGAUUCUGCUGGUAAUUGGACAGCAGGAUUCGCGGCUGCAAGUAACUCGGUCUACACGCCCGUACUCUCAGUCAUCAUCUCGGAAGAUGGGAACGAUACCCUGAACGACGGCUCCUGUGCUGCUCUGUCCGACUCUGAUUCUCCGGGCGACCAAGAAGCCGCAUGGAUAGACAUAUACACCGUCAACAUCACCGACUAUCUCAACGCAGGCGCACCUGGAGCAGGCCUUGACAACACAGACACGCAAUACUUGAUUGAACUCUGCCCGUUCGUGACCGUGGCGAAUUCCGAACGGAGCGAGUGGUGCGAUCUCUUCAGUUCUCUGGACGCUUUCCCAGGCUUCGAGUACUACGGGGAUCUGGACAAGUACUAUGGCACUGGGUGGGGCCAAGGCGACCUCGGUCCAGCUCAAGGCAUCGGCUACACCAACGAGCUUCUCGCCCGACUUACCAACACCGCCGUCAACGACAGCACCUCGACCGACACCACGCUCGACUCCAAUCCAGCCACCUUCCCUCUGAACCGCACGUUCUACGCGGACUUUACCCAUGACGAUCUCCUUAUCGCCGUAUACUCCGCAAUGGGCCUCUUCCCCACCCCAGCGCUGAACUACUCGAGCCCCGAUGACCAAGAGACGAGCGCGUGGCGCGUGAGCGAGAUGACGCCCUUCGCCGCGAGGAUGGUCGUGGAGCGGAUGAGCUGCAGCGACGAGUCUGGCAGCGGGGACGGCGAAUAUGUGAGGGUGCUCGUGAACCAGGCGGUGCAGCCGAUGCCGUCCUGCGGCUCGGACGAUAAUGAUUUGUGCGCCCUGGAUGCCUUCGUGGAAAGCCAGGCGUUCGCGAGGAACAGUGGGUAUGGGAUCUGGAACGAAUGUUCUGAUUGA